AAGUCGGAAAAGACGCUCAAGACCAGGCGCAGCGUCGGUGACCUGGCGCUGCAGCUCGUGAACGGGACCAGAAGGGACAAUCUCAAGGACGAAGACCUCCAAUCCCUUGUCCGGCUCUGCGGUAAGAGCACGUUGUAUUUACCCUCGCAGUAUUCCCCGGGUCCUCUCGUCCUCCCCACAUGCUUUCGCGCGACUGCGCACUAUCUCGCGCAGCACGGUGCCGAGACGCGAGGGGUGUUCCGGAUACCUGGUUCGGUCCGCAUAGUCAACGCCCUCUACAAAUACUACUGCGCCGAUGGCGAUGUCGAGGCGAUCUCUAGCACUACUUGCUGCCCGACCCUUCCGUCACACAUCAAAGCUGGAACGCACGAUGUCGCCUCUACUUUCAAGCGCCUCCUGUCCGGCCUGCCCGGGGGGAUCUUGGGCUCCCUGGCUCCUUUCGACGCCUUGGUCGCGAUUCACGGCCAGCUAGACGGAGAAGCAGGGCUUGACAAGACGCAGCAGAUUAAGGUCAGGGCACGACUAAUUGCCUUGGUCAUCUGUACGGUCAGAACACAGCUAAGGCGCGACUUGAUAUGUGCCGUUUUUGGCCUGCUCUCCCUGAUCGGGUGCGCCGCUGAGGACGCAUCGCGGCAGGACGAGCACGGGAAGCCGCUGCCCGCGUCCGAUUUGAUGGGAUACAACGCUCUGGGAAUUGUGUUUGGACCGCUGCUGGUUGGCGAUCUUCUAAACGCGUAUGCGAUGGAAGGGGCCAACCCGAACACCGGCUUGUUGCUACCCACCGCUGCGCCGGCCGCAGGCAAGGAGAGGCGAGGAUCCAAGGUCACCGAGGAAGCCCAUCCGCGCACUCCGGCAGUCGACAAAAUCCACGUGGCCAAUAGCAUCACCGAGAUGCUUAUCACACAUUGGAGGGUGGUAGUCAGACAUAUGAAAAGUCUGGGGGUGGUCAAG